UCCUUGCCCUUGAGCCUUGGUGGACUUUGUCAGGAGAGCAAAAUCGUACGAUUUCCCAGUCCAAUGACAUAAUAAUUACCCCAAACUGGCCAUAGCUCAUGGUCUAAUGUUUGUACAACACGUCCUUAAAAAGUGCCUCUUAUUAUGGUUCACCUCAAGAAAUCGUUAUCUUAAAGGACAGAUUCUCUCCUAUCUCCCAAAACAAAGAGCCUUUAUAAUGUCGGUGGUAGCUAAUUGCCCAGAUCAUCUAGAAAGAACGGCAGACAAAGGUAGAGAAAAUGUAAAAGUCAGUGCUCUUGUCAAUUAUGUUGGAAAUGCCUCGCCAUCCGUCAAGGCAGUGCAACUAAAGAUUCAGGAUCCGAGAUUCAAGUUCAAAGCUGGGCAAUGGGUUGAUGUGUUCAUUCCUGGUGUCCCUGUAGUUGGAGGGUUUUCAAUGUGUUCAACAUAUCAAGAACUGGUAUCAACAAAACUGCUUCACCUUGCUAUAAAAUAUAGUGAACAUCCUCCUGCUUUAUGGGUUUGUAAACAGUGCAAGAAAGGGGACAAUGUUGUCGUUCGUGCAGGAGGUGACUGCUUCUAUGAUCCAACGACGCAAGAAAAAUGGCAGCAGCCUCACCAGCUUCUUCUGAUAGCUGGUGGAAUUGGAAUCAACCCAAUACUCUCCAUACUCAAGGAAGCGAUACAAAAUAGUCAAAGUGGUUUGGAGAAAGUUGUGUUGCUUUACAGUGCAGCAAGGACAAAUGAGGCAAUAUUCAAGGAGACCAUUUUUGAAUUGGCUAAAGAUACCCGAGUGCACUUUGAACUGUUUGUCACGCAAGAGCCAACCACUCCUGACGAUGAUGUAAUAUGUGGCAGGUUAUCAUCUGCACACAUCAAAAGGAACACGGCCAGUUUGGACAUUGAAAAAACACAUUGCUUCUUAUGUGGGCCUGGCAAAAUGAUGGAGGACAUGCAGACUGCAUUGACUGAAAACGAUGUGGGCAUAGAUAGGAUCUAUUAUGAAAAGUGGUGGUGAUGGAAUUAUAGUCCAGAGCAUGGCAGAGGUUGUACUCUGAAGACUUUAAAUUUACCAGUUAAUACUAUUCAGGAUCUCUACUUCCAGUGCAUUCGAAUAAAGGGUUUUACUGAACUAUUAUCGGCCAUUUUUAUGGGUGCGUUUAAAUGUAUUUGCCAGUAGAGAGCAUACACUGAUAUCAAUAAUGACUGGAUUAUGAACUCUAGUCUCUUCAUACAUCUGAAGAAAAAGUCAUUUUAUAUUUGGCACGGUUUGCAGGCUAUUUUUAAACAGACUGCAUCUGAGAUGUGACCAGUAGAUUGUGAUACGCCCAAAGAAAUCCACCAAUUACAAACUGCAAUGCUAAUUUAGACCUGAUCAUGUACCAGAUGGGUAGUACAGUUAUCCUGUCAGGAUUUGUUUCUAUUAUUCAAGUCGGUUGGUAAAAUCUAUAUUUUGCUCAGUUAAUUUCAAUUACAUUUGAAUUCUGUUCCUCUACUCUGAAUACAACGUGUAUUAGAUGCUGUCGUGAUAGGUUUUCCUUAAAAAUAAUGAGUGUCAUUAUAAACAUAUUUGGCUCUAUCAUCAAACUGUUGGGGUUGAGUUUCAAGUUUUACCUGAGUUGUUGUGAUGACAUUUUUGUUACAAAAACCAGCCCCAGCAAACACAAGUCAGAAUAAUAUAUACAAUUUACUGUCAUUUUAAUCAAUGUGUGAUAUUAAAAGCUAAAUGAAAUUAAAAUAUUUGGUGAUUACA